UUUAAGAGCAGAGCACUACGGCACAACUUCCCCUUGUGUGCCUUGUGCUGCCCUGUGUGGGAGACCUCUGAGCCUGGACUCAGCCCUCGGCCCCAGAAACUGCAUUCUGACUGCUGGGACAAGGUCUUGGAAGAGUUCUGGAGAGUUACUGAAGGAGAGAGUAGAGUGAUUAAAGACAAUGGAUCCAGACUUUUUAAAUGUAUUUACACAGCCUUCUACACUUGAUCGAUUCCUGACUGAGGAUGUUAUCGCUAAAGGCGAGAAGAGGAAACUCAUAAAACCGACCUCAAGCAACAACUGCAAACUGGAAGAAUUGAAAGUGUUCUUGACUGAGUGGAUCAACAGAACUCUGAAAGAGGAACACAUAGUAGUUAAAAGGCUGGAGGAAGACCUGUAUGAUGGGCUGGUGCUUCAUCAUCUCCUGGAAAACUUAGGCUCUCUCAAGCUGGAUAUUGACAAGAUUGCAUUAACAGAAAAAAAACAGCGACAGAAACUCUCUGUGAUUCUGGAAGCUCUGGCCAAGUGUUUGCAACUGGAAGAAAGUCAGCUGAAAUGGAGUGUGGAAUCUAUCUUGGCAAAGGACUUACUGAGCACACUGCAUCUUCUGGUUGCAAUAGCAAAGCACUUCGAGCCCACCCUGGCUCUGCCUCCAAAUGUUCAAGUGGAGACAAUCACCAUUGAGACCACCUCCAGAGGAUUAAAGACAUCAAAUGGGGUGGAAAAUAUCACAGAAAACAAAGAGAAUAUAGAAGCGCAGUCAAAAGGUGAUGCCUUUGAUGAAUUAUUUAACUGUGCUCCAGAUAAACUGGAUGCUGUAAAAAAGGCACUCUUGCAAUUUGUUGACCAGCAUGUUGGAAAAUUAGGGUUAAAUGUGAGAGACAUCGAAUCUCAGUUUUCAGAUGGAGUUAUCUUACUUCUUUUAAUUGGACAACUAGAGGGUUACUUUCUGAAUUUAAGGAAUUUCUUCCUGACUCCGGCCAGCACCAUGGAGAUGCUCCACAACAUUAACCUGGCAUUGGAGUUGCUAGCAGAGGGAGGUCUUCUGAAUUUUCAUGUGAAAUCCGAAGAUAUUGUGAACGGAGAUAUGAAGGCGAUAAUGCGAGUUCUGUAUUGCUUGUAUGCCAAAUACAGAACCAAAGAAGCAUGAAGAACAAGGCCAAGAGCUUGAGCUGCCUUUUUUUGUUGGUUUUUUUUUUUUUUCCCCCUAGCGGGCCAUGAGGUGAUUUUUUGAUUCCCAGCUCUGUUUGCCACUGUUUCUGGGCAUGCACUGGUGUUUGACACCUGCUGUGUUAACAUUGUAUAGCAAAUGUGUUGUUCAUUCAAGGUUUCACAAACACAGCCUGAGCAACUGUAAAUAUGUGUCCGCAGCUGUUCUACUAUGUAAUUCUAGGGCUGUAGCUCUUGUUCCAGAUCUUGCCUUCUGUUUUCUUUGAGCCCCCUCAAUGCUGCAAAGAAAUUAAAUGUAUGUUUAUUCUGGGCUCUGCAUUCUUUUCUCCUGAAAGUGACUUUGAAAGUUGUUGCAUCCUCCCCAUUUUCCUGCUUUGGGAAAUCAUUUGGGAAACUAGUGAGGAGAAAGACCCACCGGGGUGGGAAGGCUGAGACACAACUGAAGUUCAAAGCCUGCUUCAGAGAGGUGGCCAGUGCUGUCAGUCAAGAGGCUAUGAAUUGGGUGCCAAAUGAAUAGGUAGCAAAAAUGAAAUCUGAAUUUACCAAGUGUUUGAUAAAUGAUUCAGUGCUCAUUUGCUCAAAUAUGGAAAAGGCACUCAGAACAAUACAUUGGUGUGAGACUGUGCAGGAACAGGGGGUUCUCCUGCACAGCUGUAGAAAGAUGCUCUUAUUUUCCUUGCUAAGCCAGUGCCAAACUGUGUCCAGCUCCAAUUGCAGCCCUGACACAAACUCUAAUUAGUGGGGAUGCCAAUCCCUGUCAAGCAUGUUGUGAGAGGGAGUAAAACGUCUGCACUUUGUCUGCAGUAAGAGGUGGGCAGCUGCUGGCUGGGCUCUGCAGCUGGCGGAGGUAGAGCCACUACAGGUGGGAGCAGUGAAAUCCUAUUUCCCACCACCUCUGACAGCUGGAUCAUCUCAAACUCCUCAGGCACUCCUAGGUGAAUUUGUUCAGCCUCCAUCCUCAGCCUCCCAGCAGUUUCUUCUGUAUGCAUCAAGGUAGCCGUGAAUUAUUAACGGUCACCCUUGGUCAUUCUUGGGUGAUUUAAAUCAGAACUCCUUUCAAAACCUUCAUCUACUCUCUUGACCAUAAACUUACAUCAUGUUGCAUAAAACCAUAGAUAUAACUAGGGGAAAAAAAAAAAAGCUUCAGGAUUUUUUUUUGCUUCCAUCUAAACUGAUUAAAUUUCCUGCCAUUGGUAACUGUGACAUUUGAUCUCUGGUCUGAUCCUCCAUCUGUGUGUUAACAGGAAACCAGAGCUCACCGAGUGCAGGUGCUGACAUUUACAGAGGAGAAUUUGUUGUGUCUGCCUCUGGAUCAUGCAACCCAGGGAAGAUCCUUAGAUAGCAAUGCUGAUAAGUCUUUU